GGGGCCUGAGGCUUUUAGGCACCUGACCCCAGCCUUGGAGCCGGCGUUGCCAGGGCCCAUUUUUUCUAGGUUCCGAGAUCUGGCCCUGAGCGCUCCACGUUGCCACUUUAGGGGUCUUCUGGAUUGUGCCCGGCCAGCGACCCUGCCGUUCUUUUCCUUCCAGCAUGAUCCGCUGGACCCCCAGCGACUUGCCUGAAAGAGACCUCUCAACCUGGACGAACCCUUUGGCAGCCCCAGACCGUCCUUAAGGAGGAUGACUGAGACACUAUGGGCCACGCGCUUUGUGUCUGCUCUCGGGGAACUGUCAUCAUUGACAAUAAGCGCUACCUCUUCAUCCAGAAACUGGGGGAGGGUGGGUUCAGCUAUGUGGACCUAGUGGAGGGGUUACAUGAUGGACAGUUCUACGCCCUGAAGCGAAUCCUGUGUCAUGAGCAGCAGGACCGGGAGGAGGCACAACGAGAAGCAGACAUGCAUCGCCUCUUCCAUCACCCCAACAUCCUUCGCCUUGUGGCUUAUUGUCUGAGGGAGCGAGGCACUAAACAUGAGGCCUGGCUGCUGCUACCCUUCUUCAAGAGAGGUACGCUAUGGGACGAGAUAGAACAGCUGAAGGACAAAGGCAACUUCUUGACUGAAGAGCAAAUCCUUCAGCUGCUGCUGAGUAUCUGCAGAGGCCUGGAGGCUAUUCAUGCCAAGGGUUAUGCCCACAGGGACCUGAAACCCACCAAUAUCUUGCUUGGAGAUGAGGGGCAGCCAGUUUUAAUGGACUUGGGUUCCAUGAGUCAAGCAUGCAUCCACGUGGAGGGCUCCCGCCAGGCUCUGACCCUCCAGUCCCUAGGCUGUGUGCUAUAUGCCAUGAUGUUUGGGGAAGGCCCUUAUGACAUGGUGUUCCAGAAGGGUGACAGUGUGGCCCUUGCUGUGCAGAACCAACUAAGCAUCCCGCAGAGCCCCAGGCAUUCUUCAGCCUUGCGGCAGCUGCUGACCUUAAUGAUGACUGUGGACCCGCAGCAGCGCCCUCAUAUUCCUUCCCUCCUGAGUCAGCUGGAGGCACUGCAGCCCCCAGCUCAGAGCCAGCACACUACCCAAAUCUGAACAAACCAGUGGCCAUGUUGAGAAGGUGCCCCCUGUGCCUUGGGAAGAAGCUCCCACCCCUUAGUGGAAUCUCCAUCCCUUCUAACCAGGACAGCUGUCUUGUAGUUGGGGGCAGCUGGGGGGUGGGGACAGUCAGCUCAGUCUUCUGUCUCUGAUUCUGCUCCCUUACGCCCAAGAGCAACAACUGGACUGGGGGCCUGACUGGGUAGUGGUGGGUGAGGGUGGGGAACGGGGAAAGGGGAACUGAUAGAAUCUGGUAAAGGUUCUGAGCAGGACUGCUGAGCUUACAUCAUGAUCUGUCUCCAAAUCUGGGAGCAGGAAAAUGUAUGAAUAGAAGAAUAAAGUGCAAGUAGCUUGGUGUGAUCUUAGUUUCCUUGUGCCUGGAGUGAGAGAAGAGGUGCAGGGGGCCAAAAGUCUGGUUGCCAUUUCCAAGGGAGAGCCUGGAGAGAAGAGGAACUGGCGUAGCGUCAAGAAUGGCGUGAGUUCAUCAUUCCACGUACGUAGGCAGGUGUGCCUACCUUAGAUCUGGCUGGUUGGUGGUGGGCAAUACUUCUCCUAGCUUGUCUUAUUCAGAAACUUCAAGAUGCUCUGGUUUGAACUGGCUUCUAUGCCAAGAACUGUGACCAGGGCCGCCUUAAGCACCCUCAAUUCAUACUUUCAUUUCUUCAUUCCCAGGGCUGGGUAGCUUAGAGCAGCCCGGCUAGUUUUCCAGGCAACGGCUUCUGGGUGGAGACACCUGAGGAGUCUUUGGGACAGCUACAUAGCUGGUCUCUAGCCUCUGCCUGGGAGCAAGGAGAGUGGAGGUGGCAGCCAUUUUGGCCCAGAAUCUCUCCCAGAUGGUUCUAGUUCACACAUGGUUAAUGAUUAAUGAGGCCAGUGUGGUGUGGCAGUAUCCAGCUGCCACUUCCUGCUUACUCUGCUGAGUAAACAGGGGCCCUGCCCUUGCUGGGCUUGAAAGCUGUUCCCCUGGGAAGGGCACCGUGUUCCUGAAUCACCAGGGAGGGGAGGCAAGGGCAGGGUUCGCAUCUCCUGCUCCUGAGAUUGAAGCUUCUUCCCCGCACUGUGCCCACCCCCAACAGCUGACGUCAGUGUGGGUCCCAGGGUGCCUAUUAGCAAAGUUGAAGUUUUCCCCAGGGCCCUGGCAGGAGGCUUCCACCAGCUAGCACAGAGGCUGAGGCCAGAAAGAAAGCACAAACAGAGGGGAAAUGACCUGACUUUUAAUGGCACAGCCCUAGGCCCCAGCAAAGCAGCGAGACCAACAGUAAGCUUUGCAAAGCUGCUAGGAGGUGCAGUGACAUAAACAACUCUAGGAGAUCGCCCUUGUUCCCUCCCAUCCCCCAAGCUUAUGACUAGGCUCCAUGCCCAGGAACUCUGGGCCAGCUCAGCCCCACUCCCAAGCCCUUAUAACGCACAGAGGUACCUGGGCCAAGCCUUGCCUCCAGAGUCAGUGAAUGCAGAGCAGCGGGAAGAAUAGGGUAGCCGUCUAACUCUCAAAUACAGAAACUGCUGGGCUUAAACUACUACUUGGAACAGAAGUGAAGCCUCAGAUCCUUUAACAGCUUAUGGCUGGACAGACGGGUCCAAGACUUGGUCCUCAUCUCCCCCCUAUCCUGGGCUCCUCUAGGAUCAUACACGGGGUCAUGUUUCCUGGGCC